AUGCAAGAUCCUGAUACUCCGGGGUCCGGAGCGUCUUCACGUGGAGCGCAAGAUCGGCCCUUUUCACGCACAAGACGUGCGCAACUGCAACUCAAAUCGUUGGGCAGCCGUCGACAUGCCUGCGACCGCUGUCGUAGGCAGAAACUCAAGUGUGAUGUUGAAAAGCCAUGCUCUCUAUGCCUCCGGUCUGGCUUUCUCUGUGAGACAACAUCAGCUCCAUUGCGAAAGUCUAAAAGAUCAGCAAAAAACAUGCAUGGGCGGCGCAGAAGCGUACAGCACAUACAGUCCGAUUUACCCGCAACCUCAAGGCCAAGCUCUCGAGCUCUCGAUACUCCUCUCAGGUCGUUGAACAGGGCUCGGACAGAUAUCCCCUCGGACACCUGCGAGCAACCUGAGCCUCUCCAGCAGCCACAUAGAUAUGUCCAAGCAUCUGCAGUGGAAUUGACUGAUGAGCUUUUUCACCUGCACGAUCAGGGAUCAGUCAUUUCACCCACAACACACAGCAAUACGUCCGCCCUUCCCGGUGGGACUUUCUCGCAUAGUCACAUAGCUGGCGACAGGGAAGAUGAUGGAAAGACUAGCCUUUCUUCACACUUUCCUGGGCUAGUUCUUCCAUCCCGCCCAGUUUGUGACUUCUUGCUCCAGUCCUACUGGAGGUCCGUGCAUUGGUUCAUGAUGCUUUUCUAUAAGCCUUCGUUUGAACACGAGUAUAGGCACAUCAUUAGUAAUCAACACAUAACUGUGCAGCAGCGGAAUACAGCAGUGUUGAUUCUGAUGGUCCUUACCAUAGGGGCAAGAUAUGCCUCUGACGAAGAACGCUCGAAAGUUGACAUAUCCAAAGAAGAGCUAUCCUCGCUCCAGAGAGAUAUGCUCAAGCAGAUUCGAUUACACUAUUUCGAUGUUUUGGACACUGGAGGCGUAGAAUGUGUUCAAUUAUGCAUUUUGCUGAGCACCUACUACCUCUACAAUGGCAAGCCAAACUUAGCAUUGCCUAUACUUGGUGCGGGGAUCCACAGUGCGCAGGCACAGAGCCUACAUAAGGAAAGUCUUUGGGGCCCGGCAACUGAGAUUGUUCUUGAAGUCCGCAAGCGAACUUGCGUGCCACAAGAUAUGGAUGACAUCUCAACUGUUCAUCCAUUGUUGAAUUCGAUUGAGAGCCCUGCGAACCAUUCUCCAGCGCCGGUCACACUGGGCUCAUACCAACGGCAUAAAUUCGAUCUAUACUCUCUUGCAGCCCCCGUCAUUGGCAAUAUUCAUAAUGUGCAUGUCUCUAGUUCGGAGGUUGCAAUUAACCAAGCCGCAGAAAUCAACUCCAAGCUGGUGGAGUGGUUUGACCAACUACCUCUGGAGUUAAGGCUGGAGCACAAUGUUGAAUUAGACAUGGGAAGUUUGACAAGCGCCGAGGCUGACGUCUGCCAACUAUUUCAACUGCAGGCGCUGGCCCUUCAGUUGGCCUAUGAUAACAUCCAAAUAAUUCUACAUCGCCCUUUUAUUCGAUGUACUCGCCGCUUACCUGCUUUUUCCGGCUUGAGCGUGUCCGACGCGCGCCGAACAAGUUUUGAACAAUGCAAGCACUGUGCUCGCCGCACCUGCAGCAUACUACCACGAUAUGCCAAACUUCUCAUUGUAGCCCAAACCACUCAUGCAGCAGCAUACAUUGCUAUACAAAAUUUUACUGCGGGUGUCACUUUGGCAAUGGUGGCGCUGUCUGACCCUGGCUCAGAACAAUCUUGCGGUGCCAAAAGAGGUGUCGCGAACUCAAUUUUAUUACAAAAAACACUCGCUGCAUCAUCCAUAGUUCCAUCUCAGACGGUCAGGGUCCUUGAAGGGCUGUUCCAGCUAAUUUUCAAACAGGAAAUGCAGUCAUUGCUAAAGAAUCCGUCUCUAGAAUUGAACAGUCCCAAUCCGAUGGGCGGACCACCAGACCAAUCACAUGAGCCUGACGACUUUCAACCAUCUGAAAAUAUGCAGUUUCCUAUGAUCCGUCGAUUUAAUCAAACGCUCUCGCGUGGAGGCCAGGAGGAAUCAGGGCCGCCAUCAAGCGUCAUUGAACCCGAAUAUAGAUCCCAACUUCCACCCAACGAUCACGCAGGGAUGAACCCUGAUCUUGCUCAAGAUGUUCCCGUUUCAUCAUUUUAUUCGGGAAUUGACCAUGCACUAGAGUCGGUGCAGCAAGGUAUGCCUCUCUUAAAACUUAUUUCGUAUUGA